UGAAUUCACAUCUCCUGCCAACAUGUCCUACAUCUGCUGUUCUGGAAACUUCUCCUCCCGCUCCCUUAGGGGCUACCUGUGCUACCCAGGCUCCUCCUGUGGCUCUUCCUGCCCCAGCAACCUGGUCUACCGCACUGACCUCCGCUCUCCCAGCACCUGUCAGCUAGGCUCCUCCCUCUCCAGUGGCUGUCAGGUGACCCUCUGUGAGCCCACCAGCUGCCAGACAUCCUGGGUGGUGUCGAGCCCCUGCCAGACAUCCUGCUACCACCAGAGGACCUCCACGCUCUGUGAUCCUUGCCUGUCUACCUGUCCUGGGUCUCUAGGCUGUGGAUCCAGCAGAAGUUACUGCCUGGGCUAUGGACCUAGAAGUUCCUACUCCCUGGGCUGUGGAUCCCGUGGCUUCAGAACCCUGGGUUAUGGAGUCUGUGGCCUCCCUUUCCUGGGCUGUGGAUCCAGAUUCUGCCGUCCAACCUACUAG